UCUGAGAGACACGAAACAGAACGCUUGAACUUGUGUGUUUCCUCGACUGCCUGUCCAGGCAUUCAGGUAUUGGAAAACGAAAGUAAAAUAAUCAAGUGGAUAUUUCCAUAGCUGACUCUGCAAUAUCAAAUAUUUGUAUUUCAGAAAAUUAGAGUUUGUUGAAAGCCAGGAUUUACAACUCUAAAUGUAUGGGAAGUGAAAUAUAAGCCUACUUUCUCAAUUCAUAAAAGCAAACACAAAUAUCUGAAGCCAAAUAUUAUCUGUAGAUUUGCAAUAAGAGGAGUUUAUGUACAGAUUAUUCACAAUAUUAUGAUUAGUGUUCAUAAAUAUUUCGUACACCAUUAUCGCAUGCUGGAUUUAUAAAAGUUUAGUAGCAUCUACAACACCUGUUUGUAAGCACUAUGCGCCGAAAGGAUGCAGGCAUUAUCGCAUACCUUUAUGAACAUAACAUACGAGUUGUUGGUAUUUAUUUAAAGAUUGAAUAACUUGUCUUUCAAAUAGAAAUGGGAAACAUGUACUCAACGAAAAGAAAUGACGUUUUGCGCAAAAAUAAGAAUGUAAACACCCAGUCAAGACGGAAGUUCCUUCCCGUUACAUCAGAAGCGGGGGACAACAGCGGAAACAGCCAAGUAGUAACACUUCCGGAAUUCACUGAUAAACAAAAAGAACUCGUGAUUGAGUCAUGGACAAUUUUAAAGAAAGACAUUGAUCAAGUUGGACUAGCUUUGUUUAUGAAAUUAUUUGCCAGCAACCCCGACGUACAAGGGGUAUUUUCACCUUUUAAAGGUUUGAGCCAGGAAGAGCUUAGUCAAAGUAACCAACUGCGGUCUCACGCCAUGCGCGUUCUGGGGACCGUCGACAAGUGCCUCAGUUGUUUUGAGGACAGGGACAAAGUUUUGGAAACAUUGCUUGACCUUGGAUCCCGGCAUGUUAUGUACAAUGCAAAAGUCGAUUAUAUGGACUUGAUUGGACCACAGUUUAUAUUAGCCAUUCAACCCGUGUUAGGCUCGUAUUGGUCAUCGGAACUUGAAAACGCAUGGUCUGAUCUCUUCAAAUUGAUCGCGCAUAUAAUGAAAACAGCUAUGACCUUUUGAUUAGACUUUGUUCGGUUGGGAUUCACUUUUAGUAUGUGAUAUUACCUUAUUUUUGUUUGAAAUGAACAUGCUGUACAUUGUGCAUUAGACUGUGGUAACCACAUCUACGAAUCAGUUAGAAGUAAGGAAUCAAAAUUUGCAAAGUUUGCAUUGAUAACGUUUGAAAAGAACACAAUGCAUUCAACACGUUUAUCAAUAUCUAAAAGUUACUAUACGAAUAGACCGAUUUGCCACCAUGUAAAAUGUCAACUAAAUUCAUUGCCUUUAUAAUAUAACUGUAGAAAACAAAUAAGACUAUCUUGGUCAUGUAAGAUAUAUUUAAAAUAAUUUAUAAACACGGUUCUUUUAAUAAAAACAACAAACUAAUUUUAUUGUUUAAUAUUACCUCGUUACAUAUUCUUAUUUGUACUAGCUUAGCCACGUCAGAUGCUGAUAUUUUACUUUUCCAUAUUAGGUAAAUAGGUUUUCCCGUAAGCUUAAUAACCUUUAAAAGUGAACCAGACGACGUCAUUCGAUACAAUUUAUAUAACAUUGCUCCUGUUAUUUCGCUGAUGCUUUAGAAAAAAAAUGUACUUUGUUUCACUAUUUCACUGUUUCUUUGUGUUGCACAAACGCUCUAUGCAAAUAAUGUGAGCAAAUAUAUGUGCGACAAUUAUCUGCAUCUAUAUUACGUUCAUGUAUUGAUUUAAAACGUUGUAUUGUAUUAAAGCACUACGUAACCUUUAAUUGAAUUGUCAGCUCGAGUAUUUGUCGGAUGUCUCCAUCUAAAUCCAAUUACCUCGACAUACAUUUCGGAUUUUUGCGUGUUAUGCUGCUAACACUAGCCUUGGGAAUCAGAAGAGAAAUUUACUGUGGCUUAUUGUGAAGAGGAUACUUAUGUAAUUGCUCGACCAUGUUUGCGUUAUAUGUGUACGAUUCAUGAAGUUAAAACAUUUGUCAUACAACAUAAUAUUGCCUUUGCAUUUUGUAUAAUAACGAUCAUUUGUAUGUCGUAAUGCUGCUAUAAAUGUUUUUGGAAUUAUACCAAACUUUCACCAGAUUUGAAACUUCAUAAUUGCGUUUUGAACUCUUGUGUUUGGUAUUCAACGUUGCAACACAUACGAUCACAUUCUAAAUAAUGACCAAUAAAUUAUUUUCUGUAUUCAAUACUUCCACUCGGAAAUGCCCAAUUCAUUAAUAAAAAUGAAGAAUA